CCGAAAUGGUAAAUUAUAUGUAUAUAUGUGCGAUCCGUCAUAGGUUUCAAGUGUCUAUAGUAUCGUUUUCAAACUCAGUUGGCUGCGAGGUCUCGCAGCGUGUGGACGUGGUCCUUCACCGCUGCUUUUAAUUCGUCCAAGACAUCGGUGGAACAUCGACGUUUCCUCACAAAAAUGCAGGCACUGAGGCUAUAUUUUCUAGAGAGAAAUUAUCAACGUUUGAGAAAGAGCUUAAGCCCAGAUUCCGUUGCUUCACAUCAACGUUUCUUCACGGCCGCGUCGAGGAUCGACCCUUCCAGAAUUUGUGUUGAUAAAGUUUUAGAAACGAUGAUGUUUGUAAAUGACUUCAGAGACACUGACAUAACUAGGCUAAACUUAACCAGGACUCGCCUUGGUCUGUUUUGGGCACAAACAUUUGCCUCGUUUAUGGGGACAAAGUCGGUUAUUAUGACUGGUAAGUGGGAGAACGUUCUCUGGAACAUUGUUAUGCUUGUUAGACACUGGAGGCCAGACUUCAUACUGGAUAAUGCCCUACAUUCUCCUAUCUUGAAAUCAUGGAUUCUCAAGUUAUUCGUUGAUCCCAACUUGUGUCCAAGCCCUGACCUUCGCCUGGAAAUGUUAAGAUUUAUUGGCAUGUGGCCAAUGGCUUAUUUUGAAGACAGCACUUCCGGCAGGCAGGCAGCUGCAGGGUUGGUGGCCACGAGCGCUUAUCUGUAUAUAUAUCCUCCCAUAACCAGUGAACUAGAGAAAAGCGUCUACCAUCAUCUCGUCAAAGUGUGGAACAGCCUUAAUAUAUACGGUCACCUGAAUGUUGUUGCCGAAGCGGCGAUAGACCAGGUGAGAAGUCUAAUUAUUGGACCAGAAGUAACGUUUCUUAACAACAUGUUACAGCUGCUGAUGCAGACGGCAGCCGAAAUGCCGAGAACGUAUGCUACAUAUUCUAAUGGCAUAUAUCACGCUGCAAAAUUAUUCCAAAACAUCGUAUAUUUAUUUCAGCUGUUUGUGACAACUAAUCCCAUCAUAGAGGCAUAUAAUUGUCCUGGUUUGACUCAGACUGCUGCAGUUUCUCUGUUUACUAUAACGUUUCAUAUAAUAACAAUGAGCUCUACAUUUGCCGUCAAAAGGAAGCUAGAUGUCGGCCUCCUCUUAAGACUCUUCCCUAGCCUGGACGACCUUUACAAAAAAGUUUCAUCAACGCAUAUCUCUAGAGUUCUGCGCAUAAGGUACGGUGAGCUGCUGUCUUCCCUUAACAAGCAAGUGGCAGUGACGGGAUUCCAUUUCAAUAACUUUCCAACACCGGAGGAGUCGACAGAAGAGUGCCCGGAGCAGUUCGUGGACAGCCUGACGCAGGCGGUGAUGGAGGCGCCAGUGUUGCUACAGUCGUCCAAGAUGGUGGUGGACGAGUCGACGCUGGUCCACCUACUGCUGGAGUUCCCCUCCGACCCCUUCACUCGGUGCCCUCUGGACCCCGGCUCCUUCAGUCGCCUGCCCGACCUCCAGGCUGACAUUGCUGCUUGGAGGAACACCUCCAGAGGUCAUAAUGAUGUCAACGUUAGCAGUAGAACCUACGACGACAACGGCGACAGUAGUGAUGUCGCCAGUAAUGAUGACUAUUACUUUGGUGACGACGACGACUAUUUCUUUGGUGAUGACGCGUACUACUGGAGUGACGACCUCUACUACUGGAGUGACGACGACGACGACGACUUUACUGAAUACGACUUCAACAUUGGACAUGACACCAAUAUAAGCAGUGACGACGACACUGACGAUAUAAUCGUCAGUAGUGUUAGUUGGAGUGAGUGCCAACUAAGCAAUUUGUUGCACCAGUUUUAUCAUAUUUGAGCUCGAAGUACAGCAUAUUCAAUGUUAUUUCAUUUAUUAUUAUAGAUGUAACAAAUCUCACUCGUUAAAUGUAAAAAAUGUAAGUUUUUAAUUUUUUUAAGUUUUUAGUUAAUAAACAUCUACAAUAUAAAUACAAAUGAA